AUGACACAAGCCGGCCAUACCGCCCAUCAAUGCACGGUCGACCGCCAGCUGACUGACUUGGUGCAGCUCUUCUGGGAGCAGGAAAUGGAGUCUGCCGCUCCUGUCGCUCUCAUCCCAGAGGAGAGAAGAUGCGAGGACAUCUUCGCCCGCACGCACGCACGCAUCAGCACGGGACGCUACAUCGCGAGACUUCCCUUCGCCAGUUCUCUGCUCUCUCUCACGGAAACCCGCAGGCCGGCCGAGCGUCUGCUCCACGCUAUGGAGCGCCGCUGCAACAAGGACGCUCAAUUCGGCAGCCUCUACCACAGCUUCAUGCGGGAAUACGACGACCUGCAACACAUGGAAGUUGUAGAUACUUCAUCCGACAAAUUGAGCACCGCUAAGUGCUACUUACCGCAUCAUGGAGUGUUGCGAGAGACGAGCACUACCACGAAGCUCAGGGUCGUGUUCAACGGGUCUCAGCUCACGCCCCUGGGCACCUCACUCAACGCCAGUCUGCUGACUGGCACCAACCUCCUGCCAGCUCUCGCCGACGUACUCCUUCGUUGGCGCUGGCACCGCUACGUCUUUGUGGCAGACAUCGAGAAGAUGUACCGCCAAAUUCUCAUCCAUCCGGACGACCGCAAUCAUCAGCGGAUAUUUUGGCGGCACCGCGCCGCCGACGACAUCCGCGAAUACCGCUUACGAACGGUCACGUAUGGCUUGGCGUGCGCGCCAUUCCUCGCCAUACGGACCUUACACCAGCUCGCCGUCAACGAUUUCUGCGAGGAGCUGUCGCGCUGUGCCGCGAUACUUACGUGGAAGACAUCGUGA